UUGGGGGGAUAGAGAGAGAGAGAGAGAGAGAGAGAGAGAUGGGAAGGAGUCCUUGCUGCGCCAAGGAAGGUUUGAAUAGAGGAGCUUGGACAGCUAUUGAAGACAAGAAGCUCAUUCACUACAUUAAGACUCACGGCGAAGGAAAAUGGAGACACCUUCCCAAGCGAGCAGGGCUGAAGAGGUGUGGGAAGAGUUGUAGGCUGAGAUGGCUGAAUUAUCUGAGACCUGGUAUCAAAAGAGGAAAUAUUACCCGUGACGAAGAAGAUCUCAUCAUCAGACUUCACAAACUUCUCGGCAACAGGUGGUCUUUGAUAGCUGGGCGACUGCCAGGACGAACAGACAAUGAGAUAAAGAAUUAUUGGAACACCAACAUCGGAAAGAAGGUUCAAAAUGUUAAUUCAAAAACAAAGUCGUCUCCUACUUCAGGCGUCUCGCCAAGCAAAGCCCGACAGGACAAGGACAUAACAAAGUCGGACCCGGACCCAAAAGCCCCACAAAAAACGAGUAGUUCAUGCGUGAUUCGAACCAAAGCAACAAGGUGCACCAGAGUUAUAGUGAGCAAAGAAAUCCAACCACUAAUGGCCGCACCAUAUUUGACCACUACUCAUUAUCGUCAUGGUGGGGACAUGAACGUUAAGUGUGGUGAUCAAGACAAAAUAGUAGAGGAACCAUUUCCACCUUUUGCGGGGUCAGAAGUGGCAAAUGAUAACAAUAAUGAUAAUACAAACAACAAUGAGCUGGAUUUCAUCGAGGAUUUUGAAAUGGACGAGGGUUUCUUUUCGGAUCUUCUGAAUUUCGAUAUUUCCGAACCAUCGUCUUGUUUUGAGAAUAAUGAAGUUGUGCAAGAAGCUACUGAUGAACGCCAUGAGCAGUGAACGAGGUUGUCAUCGAUCCAUAUUUGUCUUCGAUCACCACUUGACGAAUAUUAUAUAUAUACGUUUCUGAUAAGGAUUAAUUUUCAAUAAAUGUCGUCGUCCUCAGCUUUAAUAGUGGUGGAGAAUGAAUUUGAUUGGCUCUCAGAAACUUGUAAAGCACAUGUGUACUCUUCCAUCCCAUGCAGUGCUGUAAAUGUUCGAUCUUGCAUUAUCGAUAAUAAAAAAAAUUUAGGUUUAUGCAGGAA